UCACGCCAAUCACAGGGAGGGUUCGGUCUGUUAUCGGGGCAGAUUAUGAAGCAGCAGUGUUCUUGUGCGGAAAACGGCUCAAAACCCCUUUCUCCAUGGCAGCACCGAUGUCUUUGGGUUUGGUUUCAAUUCUUUUCCUGCAGAUAUCUUCUUCUUACGAACAAGUGCCUGCUUUGGUCGAGGGGAGUUCGGACGAAGCAGCACCACAAGACAGCCAUAUCAGAGAAAAUGGAUUCGGUCGUGAGAGACGAAGAGUCUCAUAUGAUCACGGCUCGUUGUUCACAGCAGAUGAGAUGAGACUGCCAUUGCAGCCACAUGACUGGAGGCCUCAGCUCAGCAGGAGAAAGUUGCUGCAGUAUGGAGGAAUCAUGCCCUAUUCGCCUCUGAACGUAGUUUACAACGGGAAAACAUGCAUCUUGUUUAGAGCUCGGAAACUGGCCAUCAGGUACAGAAAUCACACACUAGUGGACCUCACACAGAGAGUGUUUGGCCCUGACGCAAUAGUGGACACCAGAGGCUCCUUCUGCAGCAAGGACAAGGCCAUACUCAACAUACGAUUUGGAGACGUGGAGGAGAUCCGAGGACUUGCCAUCAGACUGCAGAUGUCCAACACAUUCUACGAAUCGGCGGGACAGAACUGGUUUACUCUGGACAGCGUCCACAUCCACUACAACUGGACGCACGAGGCCACGUUUAACGCCACAGACGUGUACGCACCCUCUACCAACUCGUACCACUGCCAGCACGUUAGCAGCCUGCAGAAAUACGACACGCUGCUGGUACCUAGCUCUGUCACGGACAACGCAGCACACUGGCACAUCACCUUCACCGACUUCCAGAUUCAAGCGUUCAACGUCCACUCGAACAAGUUCUCUUCAGCGACCGACUGCGCCACCUUCUUCACUCCGGCCAUCCUCAUGGGUCUCAUCACGUCGCUGAUACUGCUGCUUGUCCUCGCCUAUGCCCUGCACAUGGUAGUCCACCUUAAGCACAUCGACCGCUACGAAGAGCACAAGACCACCGUCUACUUCCCCAGAAGCACAGAAGCCGAGAACACUGACAAGAACAACCUGUAGACCUUCAGAAUCCAUCAGUCACCUCCAAGCACAGAGACGGACUGUUCAGCGACUCUGAGCUCUCAAGCCUGUACGAGCGAACGUGCCGGAGCAGGUUUGGAGACAUCGAGCGGUUUCUCUUUCGCUUCUGACUGUACUACUACACUCGUAAUAUUGUGGUAGAACAGAAAGAGCGGAUUCCUGUAGGAUUCCAAUUGGAGAUUCCCCGAUUUGUAUCUACGAUUAGAUAUAUCGAUUUUUUUUUUUUUCUUGAGACAAAUCCCAAGAAAUCAGGAUCUGAAGGACCUCAGAUUUCUGAUUUCGUUCAAAUUAGCACAGUGUACUUUUGAAUUUAUAUCCUCUGUCUCCCAUAAGCAUAUAACCUCCUGGUGAGACUCUGGAUCAAUAAUAUACAGUAAGGAUGCUUUAUUACACUUCAUUUACACGCAGUGUAUAAAUCAUUAUGAGUACAAAAAUGUAUUAGACUUUAAUAUAUAAGUGCUAUACUUAGAACUUUGAUCUCGAUAAUUAAACAUUUUCAGUCUCUUUAAACAAAAAUAUAAAAUGAAUAAAUAUGAAAUGUACUGUCUUUACAGGACCAGUCAGAUGUCAGGACACAACGGAUUUGAAUGUAUUUUAUUCAUCAGAUUAAAUAUUCGCCUUCUGAAGGCUCAAGGUCGCAUCGUGAUGCUUAUUUUAAUUUACUUUGGAUUUGCAAAAAAGCAGCCUUUGGGUGGUUUCUUAGGAAGCUAUGAGUAUGAAAAUCUUAUCAGGACUACUUUGAGCGCUCUGGAAUAUGUUUCUAGUUUAUUGCAUAAUUGCAUUCAUCGACUGUUAUUCCAAAAUGCGAAAGAAAUGACCUUCUAUGAUUAGGUUUGUCCAAACGUUUUCCCUGGUCCUGUAUCCGACUGACGUACGCAGAGUAACCGUUCCUAUGCAGUAUGUAACAACCCAAGUGUGAUGAAAUCCCUUAAAGGUUUAGAGGACGAUGUAAUAUUUGUUUACUGGCACUCUUUCUGGGCGAUGUGUUUAAAAAUAAUUGUGUUUUCGCUUCUUUUUGUGUGCAAUUUGUAUGUUUAAUCCGGGUUUUGUAACUUAUUUUUAAAAAAGGAAAUGAAGUCUUUUUAAGUGAAUGCAUUUAAGCUGAGCCUUGGACAGUGAGACGGAUCGAAACCUCUUAUAAGCUACUUGCAUUUUAUCUACAACCAUUGAAGCACAAUGGAAGCAACUUCAAGUUGUAACAUACAGCAUGUGGCUCGAAACAUUUCAGUACCACAAUCGUAUAAAUGUAGACGAUACCGCAGAUAGUAAUUAUAUAAAAAUGAGGGGGAUAGAGCCUGUCCAUUUUUUUGCAUUUACACAUAUAUAAAAUGGGCUAUUGUGUAUUGAUGUGGAGUAUUUAUUGUCCCCACCAUUUCUGUUGAGUUCAAUAAAACCAGCAGCUCGUUCA